CGAGACCGGGGGUUCCAGCGAGAGGCUCGCCCCGAGGGUGGGAGUGUCCGUUUCCACUCUCUGGCCUUCCAGCCCGGAGAAGAGCUCCUGGAAGCGGGUAUUUUGUUCUCAAAGAUAGGUUUUUGUCUGCGGUGAUUCCCUGUUCUGGAAGUGCAACUUUGCGGCCGCGGCACGGGUCUUGGGGGCUGGGGGUCCUGGAGGGAGAAGAUUGGAUUUUGUCUGCAUCCUCGAGGAGGAGGCUGGCGGCGAGAUUGGGGGCGGCCGGGCCGGGGGAGUUCCCACGGGUCGUGGACGGCGUGGCCACGCUCCUGGUAGCCCGCCCGGCCCCCUGCACCCCGUCCCCAGCCUCCUCUUCGGCGCUUGGGGCGUGAGGUUUGGUGGGCAUCUUUCGGGAGCCGAGCGGAAAACUUUUCCCUUCCCAGCCCCGGUCCCUUUUGUCUUUCUUGCGCGGCGGCGGCGACGACUGAGCAGCGAUUCCCUGUCCCCUGCCCGGCUCACCGCGCCGGGUGACCUCCGAGGGCGGGAGCGCUCGGACUCCGUGCGCCCUACGGCUGCGGCCGGCGUCCCGGCGACCCACGGCGGGCACACACAGCGACGCGCCCCCCGCCCAGAGGCCGCCGCCGCCACUCCCCUCCGCCGGCCCGCACCCCUCGCCGCCCGCCCCCUCGCCUGACUCAUCCGCCUGCCGUGGCAGCGCCGCGCCCGCUGCCCGAGCCCCGCCGGGAUGGGGAGGGAGACCGCGGCUGCCCGCGGCUGCCGAGCUUCCUGCUGACGCCCCCGACCCCGCCGCCUCCUUCGCUCGGCUCCGGAGGCGCCCGACGUCCCACCAGCUCCGGGAGUGAGAGCCGCGACAGGCGACCGGACCCCCGAGGCCCCGAGCUCAGGACAGAAUAAAAGACUGAACUAUGAUAGCAACUGGUGGAGUGAUAACUGGCCUGGCCGCCUUGAAGAGGCAAGACUCUGCCAGAUCACAGCAUCAUGUCAACCUCAGCCCGCCGCCUGCUGCCCAGGAGAAGAAACCGGUCAGGCGUCGACCUCGGGCCGAUGUCGUGGUUGUUCGCGGCAAGAUCCGGCUUUAUUCCCCAUCUGGUUUCUUCCUCAUUUUAGGAGUCCUUAUCUCCAUUGUAGGAAUCGCAAUGGCAGUCCUUGGAUAUUGGCCUCAAAAAGAACGUUUUAUCGAUGCUGAGACGACAUUGUCAACAAACGAAACUCAGGUCAUCCGGAGCCAAGGUGGCGUGGUGGUCCGCUUCUUUGAGCAGCAUUUGCAUUCUGAUAACAUGAAAAUGCUUGGCCCUUUCACAAUGGGGAUUGGCAUUUUCAUUUUCAUUUGUGCUAACGCCAUUCUUCACGAGAACCGGGACAAAGAAACAAAAGUCAUACAUAUGAGGGAUAUCUAUUCCACAGUCAUCGACAUCCACACGCUAAGAAUCAAGGAGCAAAAGCAUAUGAAUGGCAUCUACCCUGGUUUAAUGGGGGAAACGGAAGUAAAACAGAAUGGGAACUCCUGUGCCUCGAGACUGGCAGCAAACACCAUUGCUUCUUUUUCAGGUUUUAGGAGCAGUUUUCGGAUGGACAGUUCUGUAGAGGAGGAUGAGCUGGUGAUAAAUGAAAGUAAGAGUUUUGGACAUCUUAUGCCACCUUUGCUCUCUGACAGCUCUAACUCUGUUUGUGGCCUCUAUCCACCUCCUUCCCAGACAACUGAUGAUAAGACCAGUGGCCCUAAGAAAUGUGAAACCAAGUCAAUUGUGUCAUCGUCCAUCAGUACUUUUACAUUGCCUGUGAUCAAACUUAAUAAUUGCGUUAUCGAUGAGCCCAGUAUAGAUAACAUCAGUGAGGAUGCUGAUAACCUCAAAAGUAGGUCGAGGAAUUUGUCAAUGGAGUCCCUUAUGGUCCCUUUGCCCAAUACCAGUCAGUCCUUCCAGCCAGUCAGUAUGAUGCUCCCAAGGAAUAAUUCCGUUGGGGAGUCACUGUCAAGUCAGUACAAGUCCUCUGUGGCCCUUGGACCUGGGGCUGGACAGCUCUUGUCUCCUGGGGAUGCUAGAAGACAGUUUGGGUCCAACACAUCCUUGCAUUUGCUCUCGUCACAUUCGAAAUCCUUAGACUUAGACCGGGGUCACUCCACCUUAACCGUUCAGGCAGAACAACGGAAACAUCCAAGUUGGCCUCGGUUGGAUCGAAGCAACAGCAAAGGAUACAUGAAACUAGAGAACAAAGAGGACCCGAUGGAGAGGCUGCUUGUACCCCAAGCUGCAAUCAAGAAAGACUUUACCAAUAAGGAGAAGCUUCUUAUGAUUUCAAGAUCUCACAAUAAUUUGAGUUUUGAACACGAUGAGUUUUUGAGUAACAACUUGAAGCGGGGAACUUCUGAAACAAGGUUUUAGUGUUGAAAAAAUAUCUUAUUUUACAAGGCUAUAUAUUCUAAACCUAUUUUCACCAGUGUUCCCUUGUU